CGCGCGAGGGCGCUGAAACUCCGGAGUGUGAAACCGUAGACCGUGUGAACGAGCGUCAGUCAUGUGACCGGCGGUCGCGCGGACGGUUCCUUCUUAACACUGGCGAUUCCCGGGGAUUCCUUUUUCCGCGUGCUGCAACCGUCACGUGACUCUACCAAAAAAGAUAAAAACAACGCUGUUUUGAAGACGUCAUAGAGACAGACGUUCGUGCGCGCGACCUGCUGGGUGUUAUGGAGGAGCCUCCUGGUUUCCGGUAGCCUAAGCGCGUAACGCGUGAGCUCGAGGCGGACGGCGCGCGCCACACAGCCUUCCAAGCAUGGCCCCGAUGCUCCUGCAGAAGCUGUUCAACAAGAAAGCGACGGCAACCACCGGGGGCGCAAGAGCGUGCUCGACGGACGCGGAGAAUCGUUGGGCUUCUGCUGAGUUUGAUCUCGCACAAAUCCGAUUGAUUGUGUAUCAGGAUUGUGAAAGAAGGGGUCGCCAAGUACUCUUUGACUCCAAGGCUGUACGGAAGCUGGACCCAUCUGAACUGAAUGUCGAGGAGACGAAAGCCCCGCCCAACCGAAGCGGCGCCUGCCAAAUCGGCUGCAAGGCAAAGCAGAAAGAAACACCGCCUACUUACCAGUACUCAAGACCAUCCUCCGACGUGAAUAUGCUUGGGGAGAUGAUGUUCGGCUCCGUUGCCAUGAGCUACAAGGGGUCGACGCUGAAGAUUCACCACAUCCGAUCACCUCCGCAGCUGAUGGUCAGUAAGGUUUUCUCGGCACGUUGUGGCAGCAGUAACGCAGGCAGCACCAACACUCUCCAGGACAGCCUCGACUCGAUUAGCCAAACGUGCCCGAGUCACAGCGGCAGCAUGGUAUCUCUUUUUAUAGCUCACAGUAAUCCUGUGGACAUGCCAGGUCGUGGACACAGUGAAGACAGCGACAGUGGAAUCGCCCGUUCAGCAUCACUCAGCAGCCUCUUGGCCACGCCCCUCCCCUCCCCUGGUUCGUCCUAUAGCAGCGGGUGUGCCAGCAGUUACCAACGGCGAUGGCUCCGUAGCCAAGCGACCAGCCUCCAGCAUGGCCUGAUCCCUCGCUGGAGCACAGAUGAGAUGUUCAGCCUGUCAGACGAGAGCUGCAGCUCAAACCCCGGGCUGAGCCGCAGGAAGAAGAUCGCGGUCAGCAUCAUCAUCAGCCUGCCGGAGAAAGAGGAGGAGAACCACUGCUUCCAGGAGUUCUUCUUCUCGCACUUCCCGCUGUUCGAGUCUCACAUGAAUAAACUCAAGACCGCCAUCGAGAGGGCGAUGAUUGUGUGUAGGAGAGUAGCAGAGCCUAGUCAGCGGGUGCAGGUGUAUUUGUGUCGGGUUAUGGAGGCACUGGGAGACUUCAGGAUGACCGUGUGGAACCUGUACAUGGCUCCGCGGAUCACCGAACCCAUCUGGCUGACCAUGGUAUCCCAGAGUGCCGAGCGAAACCAGUUGUGUCAGCGCUUCCUGAAGGAGAUGAGCCUGCUUAUGGAGCACGGGGCCAAGAACCAGUUCCUGUCUUCUCUGCUCACCGCUGUGCUCAUGUACCACCUCGCCUGGGUUCCCACGGUGAUGCCUAGCAACCACCCGCCAAUCAGAGCUGUUUACCAGAAACGCUCCUCCCACUCUGUGGACCUGCUGGCUAAGUGUCAUCCAUACAACCCACUGUGGGCUCAGCUAGGAGAUCUGUACGGUGCUUUGGGUUCUCCGGUUCGAGUGUGUCGCACCGUGGUUGUCGGACGCCGACGUGAACUGGUUCAGCGCGUCCUCUACGUUCUCUCCUACUUCAUCCGCUGCUCUGACCUCCAGGAAAAUGCACUUCCUCAAGCACAAACGGACAGUCCGGCCAAUCCCUGCCCUUCUCAAACCACUAACUCCGCCCCCUGCUCCGAGAGGACCAACGAGAAACCACACGUCUGCGGGUCAGAGGCUGCAAAUUCCAGCCUUACACCAGGAAGGACCAGCGAGACAACGCGAACAGCCGACGCAGAUUCUACCGACCCAACUUCCAGUUCAGAAGAAACCAUCAUAGAAGCAGGCGACUCUGAAUCGUCUGGCUCCUCCACUUUUUCUGAAACGACCGACGAUAGGCCGGAACGUACUCAGGAAUGUUCUGGGGAGACGGGACUAGAGUACGUCUUGGCCAAUCCGAGCCCUCCUGUGCAUAGGGUGCAGUUCAUGAUAGGCAGCCCGAAGGAGGUGACAAACGACAGGCUGCGUCAAGAUAGGACUGGGCCGAGGUGUGGGCGGGGCUUACACAGGAAGAUGCCCAGUAGGCUUUUAACGGACAGCUUGGACAGUUCGGACGAGGAGGAACCAUCACACAGGCAGACAUGCACAGGAAAUGAACUGCAGCAACAUGAACUACCACUCCCAAGCUGUGACAUGGAGAUCCGCCCCGACGUGAAUCAUUUCGGCCGCUCUCUGCUCGGAGGUUACAGUCCUCAGUACAUGCCUGACUUCGUCCUGCACGGCGUCACCUCAGAUCAGCGGCUCAAACAGUGCCUGAUGGCCGACCUGGAGCACACGGUACUGCACCCAGCGCUGGACGAGCCGGUCGCCGAGGCCGUGUGCAUCGUGGCGGACACGGACCGCCUCUGUGUUCAGGUGGCGACGACUCAGCGGCGCGUGUGCGAGCCGGGACAGAUAGGAAGAGACGUGAUGGUCUCCAACCUCGUACACACACUCCUGACGUCUGUGCUGCAGCUGCACGCGCUCAACAUGGCCGCAGACUUCUGUGUCAUGCACUUGGAGGACCGCUUGCAGGAGGUGUACUUUAAGAGCUGUUCUUUGGCAGAAUAUCUGAGAGGGCAGCGACGAGUCCAUGUGAAGGAACUGGGACUAGCGCUGGGGUACCACACACACACACACACACACACACACACACACACACACACACACUACAUACUGCAACAAUUUCCCAACUAUUCCAAUUUUUUUUUUUUUUAGAAUGUCAUGCUUUUUAUCCAUUUCUAGCUACAGUCAGAUUACAUGCUGUCCAAUCCCUGUCCAAGUUGUUGCUUUAGAAACGAUAACGUACAAGAACGAGCGCAUUAACACACUGACCAAUCAGAAUUCAGAAUUCAACCACACCCUCAUAUAACAUCGCCCAAACCACAGAAGGUGAAAAUGUUCAGCUUCUCAAGCAAAGAGUUUUUGUUUGUUUGUUUGUUUGUUUAUUUAUUUAUUAUUUGUGUGUGUGUGUGUCUUGUAGGAUCGAGUCCAGCGAUCUUCCACUACUCGCGGCUGUCGCCAGCACACACUCGCCCUACGUUGCCCAGAUCCUUCUGUGAACGGAGCUGCUUCACUACGCCGACCAAUCAGAGUGCGCUACCUGCCUACAGCUGACCAAUAAGGAGCUCAUCACCGUUAGUGCGGGUUCACUCUGACCAAGAUCAGACCAAUCAGGAUCACAUUAUUAGCCUAUAAAGAGAGAUUGGAUUGCAAGGUUUACAUCCUUUCUAGUCUCCAGACUGUGAGUGUGUGUGUGUGUGUGUGUGUGUGUGUGUGUGUGUGUGUGAGAGAGAGGAGUGUGUGUCAGCUUUGUUUCCUUGCCCAUGUGCGCUGUUUCCGCAGAGCUGUUUAGUCUUAAAAGACCGCAACAGGUAAUGCUACUUUUUAAGUCGUUGUAUAGUACAAGUGACGAAUUGAAGGAAAAACCUUUUUAGCAUUUAUUUUUAUUAUUAUUAUUAUUAUUAUUAUUAUUAUUAUUAUUAUUAUUAUUAUUAAUAUUAAAUUUGAUGAAGUAGCACUGCUGGUUUCGGUCGUAUUCAGAAAAACGUUCUUCGCUAUUUUCUAACGUGGAGAAUUUUGGCGAACUCUGAAUCUGCAAAAAGGCGAUCCCGUACGAGUUUGUAAAGCGUAGCGGUCUCGGUCAGGGCGCGAGGCCGAGUCCUGCCUCGCUUGCUUUUACGUCAACUUACUGCGCUGUGGUUAAUGUUUUCACACCGCAACAUCAUUCUCCGCUGAUUAUCACAGCAACGUCGACGUUCUGGGUAAUUCGCACGUGCUGCCUACGAUUAACACAACGUGAACAAGACGACACGACACGACACUUGGGGGGGGG